AUGUUCUCCCCUCAUCUCACAAACUCCUUUUCACAUCUGCCAAAUGUCAACGGCAGUUCCCAUCAAAGACAACCUCAAGCAAUAGAAAUUACAUGGGAAUACCUUGAACCAGGUAUAGACAAUGAACACCUCUUUCAUCACAUGCAUGUAUCAAAAUCUCUGCUUGGAGAACCAUGUGCUCGCCUCGAUUGCAAAAUUAAAGGAAGAAAAGUCCCAAUCGAUUUACAGCACUUUUCAGAAGAGUUCCAAAUUACAUGUUUCAUGGCAUCUGACUUUUCUUGUUCGAAUCAUUCAUUAAUUACUUCUCAAUUAUUGAAUCCAAACAAAUCUCCUCAUGCACACUUUCCUAAUGAAUUUAUUCAAUUUUCAACUCAACUUCAAAGAACGAAAGAAACUUCACUCAUGUUGUGUGUGCCAUACAAGUGGUGGUUGGGAGUGUCAAAAUUCCGACGAAUGCAUGUGCACGGUGCAUGUAUCACAAGUGAGGAAAAGUUUGUUGGGUAUUUGGAUUUAUCCAAUAUUCCCAUAGAAAAGUUGUUGGAAGCUCAUCUUCAUGCCCUUGUUGGACCAUGA